GUCUCCGUGUCCUUCUGUCCUCGUGACCUCGGCAUUUUGUCGGUUUUUCGGGUGAGAGGCGCUGGUGAAUUUUAAUCAAGGAAAUCCCUUUCUGCCCUCCUCGUACAAGAAAAUUUUACCCGGGAUUUUUGCUUUUGUGAGCGGCAUUGAGCUCUGGCUGCUCAGGACUCUGUCUAUCUCCAGGAGGGAACAUGGAGGCGGAAGAGACGGCUCCAGGGCUGCUGACAACCUGGUCACAGGAAGUGGCAGUGGACUUCACCCAGGAGGAGUGGGCCCUGCUGGCCCCUGCUCAGAAAAUCCUGUACCGAGAUGUGAUGCUGGAGAACUACAGGAACCUGGCCUCAGUGGGGUAUCAUCUCCGCAAGCCCAGCCUGCUCACCCAGGAGGAGCUGAGGAUCAAGAAGAAGAGAAUCCUCCAAGACACCUGUGCAGGCACCAACACAAUCUGGAGAGAAAUCCCAUGAACACAGAGUGGGUGGAAAAGCCAUCAGAAGGAAUCCUGACCUUAUUUUGCCAAAGGGAAAUUGCACAGGAGUGAAAUGCAAUGAACAUAAAGAAUGUAGGAAAGCAUUUGGUUAUCCUUCAUCCCUUGGGAUCCCUGUGCAAUCUCAUGCUGAUGAGAAAGCCUACACAUGUUUUCAGUGUGGGAAAGCUUUUGGUUGCUACUUGUCUCUUAGAACACAUGAGCAAACCCACACUGGAGAGAAACCAUCUAAGUGUAGCCAGUGUGGGAAAUUCUUCAGAUCCAACUUGAGCCUCGCUAUACACAAGAGGAUGCACACUUGGGAGAAACCACAUGAAUGCAGUGACUGUGGAAAAGCCUUCAUCAGGAACAGUGACCUGACUGUGCAUAAGAGAGUACACACUGGGGAGAAGCUCCAUUUGUGCAGGGUCUGUGGCAAAACCUUUAGCCAGAAGUUCUAUCUGAUGGUGCAUGUGAGAACCCAUACUGAGGAGAAGCCCCACCAAUUCAGUGACUGCAGAAAAGCCUUCAGUAGGAGCGCUAAGCUGAAUCCCCACAAGAGGGUACAUACGGGGGGAAGACAUAGCCAUGCAAUGACUGUGCGGAACUUUCCAGUAGGCAUCCAUCACAUGGGAGACAUGUGAGAACUCACAGUGAAGACAAGUCCUAGGAGUGGAGGCAGGGAAGCAAGUCCUCAUGGAUCUUACCCGAGAGCAACUCUGUGACUAUCUUCAGUGUGGGGAAGCUUUCUGCUGGGGCUUUUAACUAUUGCACAAGGCAAUUCAAGGUGAGAAGCUGUGUAAAUGAGAAGAAUGUGGGAUUGCUUUUAUCCGGGUCCUAGCCUGAGUCUGGAGAUCUAGCUCAUGAAUUUUCUGUCUGUAUUUUUGAACAUAAACAUUUAGGUCUAGAGCUAUCCCUCUAAAUACCCCAUUUGUUUACAUUACGUGGGUUUUGAUCUAAGGUUUUUUAAAAUUUUGGUUUAGUUCUAAAUAUUGUCUGAUAUCUGUUAGAUUGAUUUUAACUCCUAUAGUCCUUUAAGCCUAUCAAAAUACUACUUCAUUUGACUGUCACCUAGAUGCUCUCCUUCCCCCGAAUCCUACCAUAUCUAUGUGUCUUCCUUUGUUUGGUUCCUCGGGUGUGUGGUCUCCUUUGUUGCAUCAAUCUGGUAAACCUGACUUUGUCAGAUUAUAGGUUUUGUUCUUGGUAGUCUUUGGCUGAUUGAGUUGGGACAAUGACAUGUAGUCAUAAAUAUGUUCUACUUGCUCGUCUUCUGAAAGGUCUUCUGGGAUAGUUUCCUAUCCAUUAUUGAUUUUUAUAUGUAGUAUCAGUGGCAGGGGGACUCUGAUUUGAUUUAAUUUAAUUUUUUCCCUUAGGCAACCAAUUUUCCUAGAGCUCUAAUCAGAAAGUCAAGUCCUAGAAGUUGUUUCUGUGUGCAUGUUUUUGUGUUUCUGGCCCUUCCAUUCAGUUCUGGUCAGUUUAUUAAUACUGCAUCAAGAUAGCACCAUCUUUAAUAAUUUCAUAACUAUUUUUUUUUAAUAUCCAAGAGGCAGGUUCCUACAACUUGUUCUUACAAGUGUGACUUAUGUCUUCUGUAACUUUUAUUUCUCCAUAUU